AUGGAGACCCUCUUGGCCCACUCCUUUGACUAUCUGUCAUCUUACGAUCAAGGAAAAAUCCGCAAGGGACUGCGACAAGUCGAAGGGCUGCUGGCACAAAUAUGUCUGUCGAGAUCGAAAGUCGUGGCUGCUGACAAACGUCGAUCAGCGCUCCCAUUGAAUGUAAAUCCAACACCCGCGAAACCUCUCAGUGAAUUGAGCGAUGACCCUGCUUUCAGAGAGUUCUUCAAGCUCCAAGAAGGCUUCCAAUGGAAUGUCGCCAUGCGCCUGAUCUCUUGUCUUGAGCACCUUCUCGGCCGCGGUAGCAACGGCACAAAUGACCUCCUCAUAAUCUCAACCCUAGAUCUAAUCCAAGGCACCCUCCUCCUCCAUCCGCCAUCCCGCUCCCUCUUCGCACGUGAAAUAUACAUGAACCUCCUCCUCGACCUGCUCGAACCCGCCAACUGCCCCGCCAUCCAAUCCUCCACCCUACUCACACUCGUAACAGCCCUCCUCGACAACCCAGCCAAUACCCGCACCUUCGAAGCCCUCGACGGCCUCCUGACAAUAACCUCACUCUUCAAGAUGCGCACUACAUCGCGCGAAGUAAAGCUCAAGCUUGUCGAAUUCUUAUAUUUCUAUCUCAUGCCGGAAACUCCUUCGAUACCCUCUGCAGCUUCGGCCAGUGCGCCGAAUACGGCUGUUCUCGGGCUUCAGCGGAGCCCGAGUAGGCUUGCUGGAGCUUUUUCCCGGAGUGUUCAGAGCAUGGGGGAUGCGGUGAUGGAUGGGCGAGGUGAUACGAAGACGACAGAGGAGAAACAGGCGCUGUUGGGGAGGUAUCUGAAUAAUGUGGAAGAUUUGGUUGAGGAUUUAAAGGAGACGGCGCCGUUUGGAGGGACGGUUUAUUGA